GAGUGUUGCAUUGUAGGGUAACGCUAACGGAGUGGCUGAAGCAAUGAAUUAAGAACUUCAUGCUUAAAAAAAAUCCGCUCGGGCUCUGGCCGAACGCUGGCGGCGUCUGUUAGUUUAUCCAGGCAGCUUGAGAAUGAACGAUCGGAGCUGAAUCAUGAUUAUAGACGUGCACAGGAACAGCAGCAGACGCAGCACUGAUGUGUGGAUGUGGAGAGUCAGCGUAAACUGAUCAACCGAAAGUGUUUUAGUGAUCUGCUAUAAGAAACCGACCGCAUCAUUUGAAGCUCCACACAAAGCCGCCUCUGUGACUGUUUUAUCAUUAACAACGCAUUGAACCUCCUCGUCUGGAAGCGCCUCGGCAGCACAUCCCUCAUGGCCUCUUCAUCGGGCAACGACGAUGACCUCACGAUCCCGAGGGCGGCGAUCAAUAAAAUGAUUAAAGAAACACUUCCCAAUGUGCGAGUGGCGAACGACGCCAGAGAGCUGGUGGUGAACUGCUGCACAGAGUUCAUUCACCUCGUCUCAUCCGAGGCCAACGAGAUCUGCAAUAAAUCCGAGAAGAAGACUAUAUCCCCAGAACAUGUUAUAAACGCGCUUGAAAGUCUAGGUUUUGGGUCAUAUAUCGCAGAAGUAAAAGAUGUUCUGCAAGAGUGUAAAACAGUAGCACUUAAACGGAGGAAAGCCAGCUCUCGACUAGAGAACCUUGGCAUCCCUGAGGAAGAACUUCUCCGUCAACAGCAGGAGUUAUUUGCCAAGGCACGGCAGCAGCAGGCCGAGCUGGCUCAGCAGGAGUGGUUACAGAUGCAGCAGGCCGCCCAGCAGGCACAGCUAGCGGCCGCUUCAGCCAGCGCUGCUCAGCAGGCCGGAUCUUCCCAGGAUGAAGAUGAAGAGGAUGACAUGUGACUCCUGGCAGGCUUUUCAAGCACACAGAUGGACUGACAAAUGUAUAUAUAUAUUUACAGACAUGUACGGCUUCGAUCACACUCUCUGUCCUCUGUAACCUUUGCACAGAGGGACCUCUGCAGUGUUUUCUUCUACAUAAACUUUUAAAUCCCAGAUCAGCAGUAUAAAUUCAUACUGACUGUUUAGGAGCAAUCAUGGGUGUUCUCCUGUGAUCUGUUGCUAUGUUUGCCUUGAUUUACUUGUUAACAAGAAUCAUUAGCUUUCAAAAAUCCCUCUUUUUUUUCUCAUUUGUUUCGGAUUUAUUUGAAGCCAGUUGCCAUUAGUUACACCUUAUGUGAACGUUAAGACACGUGCUGUGACAUGAGGUGCAUCAUGUUAAUGUCAUUUGGCUAAAUUCAGGAGCCGGUGUUUUGAAUCGCGUCCUGUUUUAGGCAAUUGCGUAUUUCUCUUAUACUUGUAUUUGUAAAAUAGCUUAAAGAAACGCAUUUUUUGGAAAGCGAUUUUUACAGCCGUUCAUCCCCACUUCGGUGUUUCUCUUUGUUCUGCUGAGUGAGAUAUGAGAAUGUGUUUUGUAUUUUACGAUGAUGCUUUUUGGUUCAUUUUAGUUCAAGUAAAGAUAAUAAAUAUUGUGUAGAUAGGCUUUUAGCUGCCCUGUGUUCAGAACAGUAUUCCGAGGAAAAGAUUUACAUGUGCAGUAUAAUAAUCUGUGUCAUUGUACCAAAGAUAGAAAAAACUAUGAAAAAUUCAGUCACCAGAUAUGCUUUGGAAAUCUGCUCAUGGUAUUCGCUCUCUGUAUGACGUGAACACUUUGCUGCAUACAGCACUAAAUGCUCUGCGAAUCUCACUUAGUACUAUGUUUUGAUAGCAGGGUUUUUUCCAGGUGCAAUGUGUAAAAGUGCAGAUGUGAAUGUGUGGUUAAUUCUUGUAUCUUGUGAUGACUGGUAAGGUGUAGUUGAGAAGUGUAUUCACAUGCCUUUACAAAAGCUGUAAGCUGUAUUCUCCAAGCAAUAAAGUCACCCAGUUUUAUAGACA